UCGCCGUGUGAAUGUAUACACACAAAACCGCAAAUAUUGGUUUGGACGUACACACAAUACCGCGAUCGUCGUUUGGAGGUAUACACACAAUCCAACUGAACUUGUCCUCUACAAGUCGCGAAAUGCAAAUAUCUCAAAUCACUAUAAGACCGACAGCGAUCGCGAUUUAAAAGUCCAAGAUUGCGUAAAAACCCUUAUAUUCAUUCACAUUCGACUAAAGCCGAAUUGGAUUACUUUGACGUAUAUACACAAUCUGGAGGACAUAUGCACUAACAUACAUACUCGAUCCAAACAAACACAACUGACAUAUAAGCACAACGGACAGCACUCUGAUGAUCGACGUAGAUAAACAUAACCUCGUUGAAAAACAGUUUACAGAAUCUAUCAGUGUUAAAAAAUAUUUCUCCCAGGUGUAGUUGAAUUUCGCCAAGGAAAAUGCAGUCUCUCGCUGCCUGUCGUGUGCGUUUUCUGCAGCUGAAUAACUCUGCUAAGAGCUGUGAAAAUUUCGAAGUGCAUAGAAGCGGUAAAGAUGGCAAGGCGUUUUUUAAUCUGGCUGAGGGUUUUUCGGUGCAUUUAAGGUCUCUUUCACGCGGUGUGGCUGUGAAUGAUAGCAGGCGGUCUUGGAAAAUUCCUGUUUCUACUCAGGAUGAGAUGAGUUCUGGGGAUACUUUUAAGGAUACCAUCCCAGAUGAUUUAAAGACUUCUCAUAAAGAACAAGGGCAACCUCUGGUUAAAGUGAAGUUUGUCUUACAAAAGAAAUGCAAAUUUGGCCAGCAGUUUGCUGUAGUUGGUGAUGACCCACAGUUUGGAACAUGGAAUCCAAAAGAAGCUCUUCCUCUUGAGUGGUCAGAGGGAGAUGAAUGGACAACAGAAGUGGGUGUUCCUAUGGGUAAACAGAUUGAGUACAAGUUCAUUUUAAAAGGUAAACUUGGAGAAAGUUCAUGGCAACCUGGUCCAAACCAAGUGUUUGAUACACUGGAAGAUGUUCCAUCAAUGGUUGUAUCUUCAAUAUGGGAGAAAGAGAAGGAAACUACUGAGACUAGCUACGAGGAAAAAGUACUUGAGCUUACAUCAACGGAAAUUACAGAGCAAGGGAUCAAAGAUGCAGAUUUGGGAGAAAUAAUCUCUUUGAAUACUACUACUGAUCAAGGUGCAGUAACAGUAGAACCAGUGGAUGUGGAUGAUUCACCAAAUGGGGUGUUUGGGGCUAGUACAAAGGAUACAGAUGGCAAUAUCAACAGAGAGUAUCCUACUUUUGAUUAUUCUGAGAUUCCAGAUGAACUGAGUCCUCACAGUGGGGAGCAGAAAGAGAGAGGAGCAGCUUCCACUAGCGAAACAAUGUAGUUAAUGCACAAAAUAUGCAGGAAUAUAUGUAUACAAAAAGGAUAACAUAGCAGACUGUCAAUGGAGUUGUGUUUCAGUGUUAAAGACUUUGACUUGAUUUGGUUUAUCAUGUAGCCAGUCAUGAUCGAUGUUUUCUAUAUUACACAUAUAUGCAUAGUCACAGAUGAAAGGCCAUAUGUCUAAUUUUCCGAGAGUGAAAUAAAUAUGGGAAGUGUUGUUUAAAGAAUGAAUGACAAUACUGGACUCUGCCUGUGGAUUGUGAACUUGUAGUUGGUUUCAAACAGGUUUAUACAGUGUUGAAAAACGUAUCUUUGACAAAAUGUAGUUGUAAGCAUCAUACUGCACUAAAAUCUGGUCCAUUAUCUGAUGAAGACGGAAUACUUUUAUCCUGUAAGUAGCCUUAUAUUUUUGUACUGGUUUGUAGUGAUCAGACAAUAUAUUUGUGAAUCAUAUAAAUUGAUAUUAUGAGCUGAUAGACAUCUGUGAUAGUUCUAAAUUAAUGGGAUUUCUGAUUGUAGCAAAUUUAA